AUGGAUACGGCAGGAUCGCUGGCUGCCGAGUUUGAGCUGCAAUUCUGCCAGGAUGAUGCACCGGAUACGGCCAGCGGGACGACGCUGUGCUACUUCCCCUAUCUGGAGGAGUUGGACCUGUCUUCAAACGAAAUUACGGGUGUGUCAAGCCUCCCAGUCAUCCAGCUAUUUCAGAGCUUGAGAGUGCUGCGACUCAGCGACAACCCAUGUACACGUGGCGGCAGCGCGACCGUUCCUUCGAUUCCAAAUGUCGCCAUCGUCAGCGAGGACAUCAAGCCCUUCUACAUGAAAGGAAAUGGCUGCUUUGCCAAGGCUGAGAAGAUUCCCGGUGUAAAGUUGAAGAUGAACAGCCGCAAAAUGAAGAAAGUCCGGGAUGUCCGCACUUCCGGUCCCUUCAGCCGGCCGAGAAGCAUGUCCCAGCUGGGCGAGCUCGACGAGGAGGCCAAUGCCUUGGUGGUUCAGUGGUCAGGUGCAAUGGCCAUGAACGCACGUGCCGCGUCCGCCCCCGCAACGACGGCCCCGGUGGCAGAACACUUGGGCAUCUCCGACGGCAUCCUCAGUGACGACCUGACCGAGGAAGAGCUGGAUCAGAUCUUCCGGGAGAGGAAGCAGACCAUAGAAAACAGGUUCGAGGAGCCCGUGGAGGAGCCUUUCUCCUUCAUGAAGGAGCCCGAGGACGCUGCCACCAAGGAGAAGCUGGCGCAGCUUAUGAAGCAAAUGCGGCAGCAGGAAGAAGAGCAGUCCGGCGCGAGCCCAGGCGCGAGCCAAACUCCCAAGGAGAAGCCGUCGGGUCUCUUCCUCACCGGGUUGGCAGAGGACGCCCCGGAGCCACCACGCCAGCCCCGGCGCAG